AUGGCUUUCCUUGGGCCAGUAAACUGUGAUGAGUCCAGUUCUGAUUACUCAUUUAUCCGCACGAUUUGGACCGUACCAGUACCCAAAAUGACAGGAACCAAGGCUAAUCAAGUCAUUAGAUAUCUACCUGUGCUUAUCUUCAUAUACUUCUGUUCAUUUUGGCUGUUGAUUUGGCAAUAUUGGCCAGAAGGCGGAGGCUCAAGCACUGAGGCUAGACUGCAGCUUCCGCCGACUAGACAGCGCAACUCUAGCCCCACUCUUUUGGGCAUGUCUCUCCUUUCUCCUGUCAACUUCCGUUCCAGCCCAACCUUUCAAGCAGCAAAGAGCCUUUCCUCUCCCUCCUCGCCUCCCUCCCUCACCCUGGCUCCACCGAAUGCCUAUUUGGGUGAAGAGCAACACGAAUUCCUACUGUCCGUUCGAGGCGAAGUUCGAGAAUCGCCUCAAAGCCUCGUUGGCUCGCAUGACGCCUCAUCCAACUGGCGACUUGACUCGCCAGCCACCUCGACUCGUCGUCAGUCCAGUUGCCCAUCUUGGGCUCAACCUGAGACCGAGGUGGAGACCGAGACCACCGACGGUCUGGUCUACACGCCCGACUUGCGCUCUCGUCACAGUCUGCAGGCGGCCCUGUCGACUGAGGGCAGAGGCGAGAGUCCCGGUGACGAAGGUUGGCUGGUACGAGUCCCAACCGGUCCGAUCCGCAGGGCCAUCUCAACGCGGAGCUCCGUGAGCGAGUCGCCGUUGAGACGAGGCCCGCCAGAGGUGGAGUCGCGUCGUUCUAGCCAAGUCUGCGUCACUCCAGCCAGCCUUACCAAUCGAGCUCCACCUCUCGGCGGUGAGUCCAAGUCCUUUUCAGUCAACAUUCGACGAGUCAAAUCGGGCCUGUCGGCCGAGGCUAUCACGACGGCCGUGGCAACGCAGCCAAGACUACGACGUUCAGGUCUCGCUCUGUCACCUGGACGACAGGCCACCGGCUUAGUUUGGACGCCAGAGACCCGAGGCGAGUCGAGGAGAGUCGGACGGGACGAGGCCGAGGCGGUCUGGCCGGCCGGACUCGACUUGGGGACAGUCAAGCUCGAAGAGUUGUGUGCAAGCGAUGAGCGGUACAAGCCAGUCGGUAAGGACAGGCAGCUCAGGCAAUGGUGCAACCAGCCUACUGUGCUCGUAGACAACAGUGAAUGUUCACUGGAAAGCAGCUUCUCGCCAAAGUGA